AGAAAGGAAGGAAGAAAAUUUAUUGAAUUUCUUUAGACACCUAGGAUUCUUCUAGUGCCCUCGAGGAACAUGUGUACUUAAGCAUUGGCCUUCUAGAGACCAUGUCUCUGCCUCUAUUACCUCACCCUGAGAAUGGUGGCCUGUUUGGCCUGUUAGGCAGGGGCAACCAUCCUGUGAUAAGCUGGUGAGUUAUUUUGUGGCAGGAGGAGUCCAUAGUGGCACUCAGUACACUUCAUAUAGGCCACUGUUUGAACAGCCUUAAUAGAACAUAUGGUUUCUGGAGUGGGGACUGAGGCCAUGGUUAUUUUGACAGAUUUCUCCUCUGAAUCCCCCAGUCAGCCCUCAAGAAGAGAUAGAUUUCCUUGAAUACUGGUUCAUCUAAUUCUCUCUCCACAUGAUUAAAAGAGCACCUUUAAUAUUUUUCUCCACUUGAGAUCCCUCUCCUCUCUAUCCCUCAGCUCCAGAAUGGGACUUUCUCUAACCCCAACAUGUUACCUGUUCAAUAAGCCCGUUACCUGUUCCUUUGAAGCAGAGUCAAUUUGAGAAGCAACUGUAGAAACAACAGGCUCUCCUGAGACAUACAAGUGUUGCUUUCUUCUCAUUGUUGCUCCUUUGUUCAUUCACUCAUCAGACAUUACACUUAAUAUGUGCUAGGCAAUGAGAAUAGUAUAAAAUGUAACUCCUACCAUCAAAGAGCCCAAUCUAGAAGCAAACAUGUAAACAAAUAAUUGCAAAUACAGAGACCUGGUUGCUAGACCACAUAGCACUAAGUAUUAGAAGCUUGUUGCACACAAGAGGCACACCUCUUUUUUUGGUGGGGGUUGCAGAAUUUUAAGAGAAAACUUUACAGGAAAAAACAAAAACAAAAACAUUUGGCUUGAGGGGCCACCAAGUGUGAGAGAAGGCAUGCCAGGGAGGAUUAUCACCUCAGGAAGGGAAGCAUAGUAGAACAGCCUGAGCAUUAGGCUAUUUGUGAAAGAUGAGACUUGAGAAAGCAGGGUGCAGCUCCUGAUGAUCCUCGUAAACCACAUUAAGAACUUUGAACUUUAUCCAGUAGGCUUUCAUAUGCAUUUCAGUGUGCUCUCCGGCUGAAGGGAGGAAAAGAGGAAAAGAAAGGCGAGGAGACCACUAGCCUGCAGUGACUCUUCAAGCAAGAAUUGCUGAGAAUCUGAAUUUAAAGAGUAAUGGAAAUAGGACAGUUUUGUGAGUUUGUGUGUAAGGGGAUGCUUAAAACAAGAAGUCUCUCCUCCCUCUCUGCCCUUUUCUAACUUAAGAGGUGUGUUAGGCUAUUAAGCCUGGUCCCCUUUCUCCACGUUGCUGUGGGUUAUGCAUCAUCCGCGCUCAAUCUUUGCUCCUCACUACCAUCUCCCGUUUCCAAACUGCUCUCUCCAAAUCCUUUUUUGUGCCUAGGUUUUUGGUCAUGAAACAGGGGGAGGAAACAGAGGUAACUAAAUUGGCAAAGGUCUCUGGAUAUAAUAAAAACAUCGUCACCAGUGGUUAAAAGCGGCAGUUGCCGCAGCCAAGUCCGGUGGGUUCCGGAAACCUGUGGCCCGGCUCUCCGCGCGUCCCCGUCCCCCCGUGGCCGAGGCCUCGGCCAUGAAGCGCAUCUUCUCCUGCUCCAGCUCACAGGUGGCGGUGGAGAGAUGGAAUCGACGUGAUCAGAAGCUGCUGGAGGCAGUGCAGCGGGGGGACGUGGGACGCGUGGCUGCCUUAGCCUCCAGGAAAUCUGCCCGACCCACCAAGCUAGACUCAAACGGCCAGUCCCCGUUUCAUCUGGCAGCCUCUAAAGGUCUGACAGAAUGUCUGACCAUACUGCUUGCCAAUGGGGCUGACAUCAACAGCAAGAAUGAGGACGGAAGCACCGCCCUACACCUGGCCACCAUUUCCUGCCAGCCACAAUGUGUCAAGGUCCUGCUGCAGCAUGGUGCCAAUGAAGAUGCUGUAGAUGUGGAAAAUCGUAGUCCGUUGCACUGGGCAGCCUCCUCUGGCUGUGCCUCAAGUGUACUCCUCCUAUGUGACCAUGAAGCCUUCCUGGAUGUCCUGGAUAAUGGUGGACGCACACCCCUGAUGAUUGCAUCACUGGGUGGUCAUGCAGCUAUCUGCUCACAGCUACUGCAGAGAGGCGCCCGGGUUAAUAUCACCGACAAGAAUGACAAAUCAGCUUUGAUCCUGGCCUGUGAAAAAGGCAGCGCCGAGGUGGCUGAACUGCUCCUGAGCCAUGGAGCAGAUGCAGGGGCAGUGGACAGCACGGGGCAUGACGCUUUGCAUUAUGCUCUACGCACACAAGACAAGACGCUGUGGAGGUUGCUGCGGCAGGCCCUGAACCGCCAGGGGCGGGGAGGUCAGGGACUAGUUCAACACUCAGAUCUUGCAUCCCAGGCCUCUCCAUCUGAGCCUCAGGUAGGCUCUCCACCAUGGAGAGCAGAGCCUGAGGAGGAGCAGGAGGAAGAGGAGGAUGAAGACCCAUGUCCAGAGGAGUGGAAGUGGAAGUAUGAAGAGGAGCAGAGGAAAGUUUCUCAGUUGGAGCAGGAGCUGAUGCGGAAAACAGAAGAGUCUAAGGCUCAAGCUGCAGCUUACCUGGGCCUGGAGAACCAGAUUCAAGAGCAGGUGCAAGAGCUGGGGCUCCUCCUAUCCCAAGAGCCUGGGGCUCCAGGAGGCCAGAGCUCUAGUCUCCGGGCUGGAGGAGAUGGCAUGGAGCAGGGUUGUCCCCUGGACCUGCUGGCUAAGGGCAUUCAAGAGCUAAGGAAGCAGCAGCAGGCAGCAGCCACAGCAGCAGCAAACCCAGUAUUAGCUUCCAAGAAGGCUAAGGAUUCAGCCCCAGGGGAGAUCCCAUAUGCAGCCCAUGGAAGGUCCCAACCAGAAGAACAGGGGACACCCCAGAGCCCAAAGUCUGAUGCCACUGGGGAAGCCAAAGAACAGCAACUGGCUACCAGUGGUGGGCAGGACCUUGGCCCUGAUCAUACCCGCCAGCUGUGUGCUGGCCAGGAGGAGAGACGCCAGGCCCCAGGGGCUGAACCAGCAGGCACAGCAGCCAUGAACCAGCUCCUGCUACAGCUGAGGGAGGAGCUGGCUGCGGUGUGGCGAGAAAAGGAUGCAGCCCGGGGGGCUCUAUCAAGACCUGUCCUGGAGGGAGCUCUGGGGACCCCCCGGGCUGAGGCUGCAGCAGCUGCUUGGGAGAAGAUGGAGGCCAGGUUGGAGCGGGUGCUGGUGAGGCUGGAUCAGGCAAAAGCAGGAUUACAGAUGAAACCUGAGGCCCCUGCCCAGAAGCCCAGAGAGGGAACCUCAAAGGCAGGCCCAGGGACUGUCAUCAAAGGGAAUGAAGGAAGGGAGGACAGGUCUCCUGGGACCUGGGGAAAGCCUCUAGGGGCUCCUGGAGGGGAGCAGAUGCUAGGAGGAGGCCUGGCAAAGGGUCAGCUGGAGAAGGAGGUGUCAGCACUGAGACUGAGCAACAGUAAUUUGCUGGAGGAGCUGGGGGAGCUGGGGCGGGAGCGGCAGCGGUUGCAGGGGGAGCUGCAGUCCCUGAGCCAGCGGCUUCAGCUAGAGUUUGUGCCCAAGCCAGAGGCGCAGGUCCAGCUACAGCAGUUGCAGAGGAGCGUGGGGCUGCUGACGGAUGAACUGGCCAUAGAGAAGGAGGCCACCGAGAAGCUGCGUAAGCGCCUGGCUUCGCAAAGUAGUGGCCUCCAGGGGCUGUGGGACUGUCUGCCAGCAGACCUAGUGGGCAAGGGGAGCGCUCAGAGCACAUCGGGCGAACCCCUGGAGGAGCUGCAGGCCUGCAUCCGCACCCUGGUGGACAAGCACCUCGAGGCCCAGCAGGUGAUGGCUCGGCUAGAAGAGGAAAAUCAGCAGCUGCGGGGCUCCCUUGCCCCACGCGGGGAGCCAGGUACCUCCUCCGAGGCCUCUGCAUCCCCCCAAGUGGCUGCUCUGGAGGAGGAUCUGGGGAAGCUGGAGGAAGAGCUUCGGGCGGUUCAGGCCACGAUGAGCGGGAAAAGCCAGGAGAUCGGGAAGCUGAAGCAACUGCUCUACCAAGCCACAGAGGAGGUGGCUGAGCUGAGAGCCCGGGAGGCGGCCAGUCUAAGGCAGCAUGAGAAAACUCGGGGCUCGCUUGUGGCCCAGGCCCAGGCCUGGGGCCAGGAGCUAAAGGCUCUGCUGGAAAAGUACAACACGGCGUGCCGGGAAAUGAGUCGGCUGCGGGAGGCAGUGGCGGAGGAGCGCCGCAGGAGUGGGGACCUGGCCGCACGCGUCGCGGAGCAGGAACGCCAAGCCAGCGAGAUGCGCGGGCGUUCCGAGCAGUUUGAGAAAACCGCGGAGCUGCUGAAAGAGAAGGUGGAGCAUCUAAUCGGGGCUUGCCGGGACAAGGAGGCCAAGAUCAAGGAAUUGUUGAAGAAACUGGAGCAACUUUCAGAGGAUGUUCUAGCAGUUCGGGGAAAAAAUGCUCGCCUUGCCCUACAGCUGCAGGAUUCCCAGAAGAACCAUGAAGAGAUCAUCGCCACCUAUAGGAACCAUCUGCUGAGUGCUGCUCAGGGCUACAUGGAACAGGAUGUGUACAAUAUCCUACUGAGAAUCCUCAGCAUACAGGAGGAGUGAGGCAGCCUGGGGCCUGAAGAACAUGGGAUCUCUCUGUUGGGACUAGCACAUCCCUGGUUGCCAGAGGCUCCAUCAGGUGGUUGUGGGUGAUGGGUGGUGGGUUGGUCACUAGGGGAGGUAUGGGUGGGGCUUCACCUGAUGUUAUGGACCCCAGACCUGAGAACCUGAACCUUGGAAUCAGCAUGGGAUGAGACCAGAAGAGGUGUGGAUGGAAGCCAGCUCUAUGGAAAAUAAAGCAGGAGGCAGGACGUU